GCACCAUACCUAUACAAGAUGGCCUCCGCCGCCGAAGUCGAGAUUUCUCGACCAGCAACCACAUUCGCAGCCGAACAGCCACCGUCACCGCCUCAAUUCCGUAUAGACCAAGGCCGCGUCGCGGCUUCACAGCUCGGCUGGCUCAGGUCAACUCCAGCCAACGCAACGAUCGACGAGAUCCGUCAACGACUCCAGGACGAUGGAUACGUGUGGGUGAAGAGCGUGCUGCCACGCGAAGACGUGCUGGGCAUGCGCGAGCACUUCUUCUCUCAAUUCGCCGGUAGGGGCCUAUUGAAGCCCGGCACCGCGGCCGUAGACGGCAUAUACAACGCGGCCGACGACGUGUCUCUGCAUUGGGGCGUCGGCGAUGGCAACCCGCAAGGCGACGAGGAACUACGGCGCCUCACGAAUGUGCACACCACGGCGCAAUAUCUGCAAUUCGUCAACCACAGCGCUCUCCGCAAGACGGUCCACGACAUCACGGGCUGGGACAAGUCAUGCUGCAUCGCACGCUACUGCGGCACUGCGUCCCCGGCGGCUCGUCCACGGGCAUACACUACGACAAGCUCUUCCUGCGCGGGGGCGGCGCGUUCUUCCUGA